GAGCUUCCUCUGAGCCCCUGAACCCUCUUCCCUCCCUAGGAAGAAAGGGAUCCCUUCCUGGCCCCCUGCCCCAGGGCCCAAGGCUUUGGCUCCCACAGUCCCCAUCCAGGCGGGGCUGGCAGCAGGUGACUGGAUGAGAAAGGCAUGGUGAAUGGGGGCGUGGGCCUUGGCAAGUACACUCCUUGGCCAAUCAGCGGCCUGCCCAGCCGGUGGAUUCAGUUACAAGCCAGAGAUCACCCCAUACUCCAGCCUCCUUCCUACUCCUCCCAAAGCUCCAUUCAUUGGCCCUGCCGCAGGGUCUGCAGGGCACCGCUUCCGCUCAGCUGCUUAAAUCUGCUGCCUCGUGGGCUGCCAGGGGUAGGUGUUGUGGGGGCUUUGUCUGACUGGGCUGGGCCAGGACAGAAUGGGGAUUCUGGUAGUGCUGUUAGGGAUGCUGAGCUUCCUGGGAGUGGCUGUGGGGAGCUCCUCUGCCCUCCUCUGGGACAGCACCUCCUGCCACUUGGCCAGGCCCAUCCCCGGCAGCCCCUUGGGGACCCUGAGCUUUCUGGGCAAGAAUGCCCAGAGACUGGCCCUGGUCCACACCCACUGGGAUGAGCACGGGAGGCUGCAAUCUUGUAGCCAGCAAGACGAGCCAGAGCUCACUGCAGCCUUUAGUGCUCUCUGUGCUGGUGAGAUCACCCGGGGCACCUUCAUCCAAACCCCUGGACCUGAGCUGCAGAGAGCCCUGGCCACACUUCAGAGUCAGUGGGGAGCCUGCCGAGGGACUGAAGAGGGUCCAGCAGGGGCUAGGGAGAAGCGAGCAGCAGGGGUCAGGGUAGAGCAAGCAGAAGGACACAGAGGAGCACCCCGCAGCAUAGGACACCAGCGGUUGAAGAGAGGCUGGACUAUGCCUGGCACGCUGUGGUGUGGAGUCGGGGAUUCUGCUGGAAACUCCACAGAGUUGGGGAUCUUCCAAGGCCCUGAUCUCUGCUGCCGGGAACAUGACCGAUGCCCACAGAACAUCUCGCCCUUCCAGUACAGCUAUGGUAUCAGAAACUACCGAUUCCACACCAUCUCCCACUGUGACUGUGAUGCCAGGUUCCAGCAAUGCCUGAAGAACCAGCAGGACUCCAUCUCGGACAUCGUGGGUGUGGCCUUCUUCAAUGUGCUGGAGGUCCCCUGCUUCGUGCUGGAGGAGCAGGAGGCGUGUGUGGCGUGGUACUGGUGGGGAGGGUGCAGAAGGUAUGGCUCCAUACCUCUUGCCCACCUCCAGCCCAGGACCCUCUAUAAUGCCUCCUGGAGCUCCCCAGCCACCCCCCAGCCUCCCAGCCUUCAGAACCCAGCCCCUAGCAAGCCACAACAGAAGCAGCGUCCUCAGAAGCGACCACCGCAAUGGAAAGGGUCUAAGAACCCCAUCAAAACCAACACCACAGCCCUCCGGACCCCUGUGGCCUCCACCCAGCCUGAUAUGUCCCCCACAGCCUGGCUUGAGGUCACCCAUCCAGGCCUCCAGGGGCCAUGGAGUGGCCUAAAACCUCAGGAUGUCCGCCGAGCCUGCCGCAGCUUCCGCCACUUGGAUCAAUGUGAGCAGCAGAUCGGGCCUCAGGAAACAAAGUUCCAGCUGCUCAAUAGUGCUCAUGAGCCCCUCUUCCACUGCAACUGCACACGCCGCCUGGCACGCUUCCUGAGGCUCCACAGCCCACCUGCAGGCACCAGCGUACUUUGGGAGCUGCUAGGCACAACCUGUUUCAAGCUGACCCCUCCACUGGACUGUGCUGAGGGCACAGGCUGUUUCAGAGACCCUAGGGCCAUCAAGGUGUCAGCUCGGCACUUGCAGCGACUUCAGCAGAGGCGACUCCAGCUCUGGGGUGUGACCACAGAUGAGGGGCAGGUAUGGCCUUCAAAUCACCCAAGAGCCCCCAUGUCAUUCUAUGACCGGUGUCUGCAGCUGACCCAGGCAGCCUGGAGACCUGACAGGCAGCAGAAAUCCUAGAACCACUGACCUCAGUUCCAGCUCUCCUGGGCACCAAACUGGACCUUGCUCCUGGCUCUGCUAGGCCCUGGGGGUCUUGGCCUACUCUCCAUGUGUUAGAUUGAAGCAUAGCACAGGCCCUUGUGGACAGCUGGGAGGCUGGAUGGGGGGAAGAGGGAGCAAGGCUGAAAUGCUGGACCACGUCUCCUACUGUGCUGAGCAAUCUUGAGCUGGUGAUACAACCCCUCUGUGCUUGGAUGUGGUGUUCAAGAGGCUCAUUCUGGGGAAUGGGGAAAGGGUAACCUACUACAGCAGCCUCAGGAGGUAC